GUCAGAGGGAGGAACGCAUCCAGACAUUUGAUGGUGGCUGCGACUCUGCACAUUUGAUCAACUCCUGAGGAAUCUGCUGAAGGAUGGAGUGGUAUGUCCUGGUGCUGAUGCUGAGCUUACCCCCCUCCAUGCACACACAUUGUUCUUCACAGUGUCACAAAUGUUUGCAGUACAUUCUUAAGCCCAACAACGCCUACAGUAGCCUGUGGUGCGGGGUGUUGUGUCAGGAUGAGCCGGGGCUGUGUGAGCAUGCUCCGGGGCUGGAAGACUUGAGACACGAAGGUGAGAAGGCGCAGGAGGGGGAGGACAGCAAAGAAGCCGACGUGCGGUUCGUGAAGAGCCUGGACCAAACCACCAGGGAGCUUCUGUCCUCCCCUUGGCGGGACAAGCACGUCGCGGACUUGUUGAAGAAGAAGACGGGGGAGAGAGGAGCGGACGUGUCGGCGCAAGAAGCGGAGGACGCCCAGGAGGGGAACAUCCUCCGCGGCUACGAUCACGUUAAACGUUACGGCGGCUUUUUACGCAAGUUUGGUCCGAAGUCCAAGAGGAGCGAGGCCGAGGAGCCCGAAGAGCUUCAGAAGCGCUACGGUGGCUUCAUGAGGAGGAUCAGACCGAAACUAAACAACAUCAAGUGGGACAAGCGUUAUGGAGGCUUCCUCCGUCGUCACUUCAAGAUCUCGGCGCGCUCCGCGGAGGAGCCUUUCUCUUCUUACUACGACGACCACCUCAGUCGAGAAACAAGAUGAACCGAGUACAGCACAAUGAACCCUUCCUGCAUCUUUACUUCAUCUUCUAUUUAACCCCAAAUCAUGCCUGCUGUACUCGCUGCCUUUUUUUGUCUGUGCCCUUCGUCGUUGAAUUCGAAGUCGUAGCGUGUUUAAGAAAACCAUGAAUACAAUUAAGACUGCAACUUUUGUCCAUCGUGGUAAAUACAAUAAAAAAAUAUAUUCUACACCAAGAACCUUGGACAAAUUUAAAUCUUUUCAUGACAUGUUGUCACCAGUGAUGAUGCCAAAGAUGUUGACCGAGUUUUUAAUUAGAAAGGAUUCGUCCCGAGUUUUCAAAGUGGAGAAAAGACGAGAGCAGAACAAUACUUAACCUAGAACAUCAAAUAACGUUGACGUGGGCUCGUGUCACAGUCAUAAAAUAUUCAGUAGGCUGCGUGGUCGUGGAAUGCGUGAAACCUUUGUGUCACUGUGAGACCCCAACAGACCUCAGCAGUCCUCACAGUCCUUAG